CGAUAUUUGGGGUGUCAACUCUGAGAAAACGGCUCAUGACGACUUUAGAAAGCUGGCUUCCGCUAUAUAUCUUCAAGUGAGCACUAUCAGUCAGGCCCUCAUAUUUGUGACACGAGCUCGAAGCUGGUCAUACAUCGAGCGUCCUGGUUUGUUGCUUGUGGUGGCUUUUGUGUGUUGCUCAACUGGUGAGCUAACUGCCAUCAUUUCAAUCGCUACUUUGAUUGCGGUUUAUGCAAAUUGGGGCUUUGCUGCAAUUGAAGGAAUUGGAUGGGGCUGGGCUGGGGUGAUUUGGCUUUACAAUUUAGUAUUCUACUUCCCGCUUGACUUCAUAAAGUUCUUCAUCCGCUAUGCUCUUAGUGGGAGGGCCUGGGAUCUUGUUCUUGAGCAAAGGGUAUGCAUGUCACUCAAUUGCUAUUGCUUUCACAAGAAAAAGGACUUUGGAAAGGAACAACGUGAGCUAGCAUGGGCACAUGCGCAAAGAACCCUACAUGGGCUGCAAGUACCUGACACCAAAUUAUUUAAUGAUCGAUCCAAUUUCACAGACCUCAAUCAGAUAGCUGAGGAUGCCAAAAGGAGAGCUGAAAUUACAAGGUUGAGAGAACUACACACACUGAAAGGUCAUGUUGAAUCAGUGGUAAGAUUAAAGGGUCUCGACAUAGAAACGAUACAACAAUCUUACACUGUCUAAGGAGAUAAACCUAUUUGAUAGUUGCCUUCUACCCUUCUUGAGAGAGAGGACAUAAUCAACUAUAGCUGUGAGUUACCGUUGAAAAACCGUUCAGUUAUUGCAACUUUGUUAUCCAUUUCAGCACUUAAUGCUCUUGUUGGCACUUGUUCAUCUGAAUUUUAUUCAUGUCUUGGUUCUCAA